AUGAGUUCACCGGUAGAACAACAAAAAAAAGAGGAAGGUAAAAAAAAUACUUUUACAGUUAUCGAUAAUAGAACAGGUAAAUCAUUCGAAAUUCCAAUCACAAAUGAAACUGUAAAGUCAAUUGAUUUCCGUCAAUUUAAAGAACAACAGUCAGAUUUCGGUACAAUGAUUUACGAUCCAGGAUAUUAUAAUACUGCAGUUUGUAAAUCACAAAUCACAUAUAUCGAUGGUGAUAGAGGUAUUUUAGAAUAUAGAGGUUAUCCAAUUGAAGAGUUAGCAGAAAAAUCAUCAUUUUUAGAAGUUGGAUAUUUAUUAAUUUAUGGAGAUUUACCAAACAGAGAACAAUUAAAUGUAUGGCAAACUAAAAUUAUGAAUCACACAUUUAUUCAUGAAAAUUUAAUUAGUAUGAUGAAAGGUUUUCGUUAUGAUGCCCAUCCAAUGGGUAUGCUCAUUUCAACAAUGAGUGCAAUGUCAACAUUUUAUCCAGAUGCCAAUCCAUCAUUAGCAGGUGUAGAUAUUUAUAAAAAUAAACAAUUAAUGAAUAAACAAAUAUUUAGAAUUUUAGGUAAAUUACCAACUAUUGCUGCAUGUGCUUAUCGUCAUAGAAUUGGAAGACCAUAUAAUGACCCAUUAAAUACAUUUACCUAUACAGAAAACUUUUUAUAUAUGUUAGAUCGUUUAUCAGAAACCAAUUACAAACCACAUCCAACAUUAACCAGAGCAUUAGAUAAGUUAUUUAUUAUCCAUGCUGAUCAUGAAUUAAAUUGUUCAACUGCAACAAUGAGACAGAUUUCAAGUACAUUGGUCGACCCAUAUACAGCUGUUGCAGGUGCUGCAAGUGCACUUUAUGGUCCAUUACAUGGUGGUGCUACAGAAGCAGUUCUCAGAAUGUUAGAAGCAAUCGGAACCGUUGAAAAUAUUCCAAACUUUUUAUCUUUGGUUAAACAAAAGAAGCAACGUCUUAUGGGCUUUGGUCAUCGUGUAUAUAAAUCAUAUGAUCCACGUGCUAAAAUCUUAAAGAAAGUCACCCAAGAAAUCUUUGACCUUUUAGGUAUGAACCCAUUAAUGAAAAUCGCUGUAGAAUUAGAACGUCUUGCUCUCAGUGACAGUUAUUUCAUCGAUAGACAAUUAUAUCCAAAUGUCGAUUUCUACAGUGGUAUCAUUUACAAGAGUAUGGGUUUCCCAACUGAUAUGUUCCCAGUUUUAUUCUCAAUCCCAAGAGCCGCUGGUUGGUUAGCUCAUUGGGUUGAAGGUUUAUCUGAUCCAGAAUUACGUAUCUUUAGACCACGUCAAGUUUAUUUGGGUCGUAGAGGUUUAACCUAUGCUCCAUUAGAAUCUCGUCAAGCUUCCCCACAAAAUGAAAAAUUAGUUUCUUUUAGCUCUGGUUUCGAUCGUCGUAGAGAUGUUUCUGAAGUACUCUAUAGUUUCGAUGAAUCAUGUGCCAUCCCCAAAACUGCUACUGGUAGUAAAAAUCAAUUAUCAGCAUCAAUUGAACAAUCUUUUGGUGAAAAAUUAUCAUUAUAAAAAUAAAAUAUAUAUAUAAAUAAUAAAUUUACUCAAAUUAGUCAAUUCACUGUCAUCAUCAUCGUAUCAACAACAAAUUAUCAACAUUAUUAUAAUUCAACAAAAUAAAAUAAUAAAAUAAAAAAAUUAAAAAAAAUAUAGAAAUAAAAAAAAUAUAUGCAAUAA